AUGCAUCAUCAUCUCUACGUCUCCUUCGCACAGCAAACCAGCAUGCCAAGCGCGCCUGUGGCUACUGCAGGGUCUAUCAACAGUGGGACUGUCUCCCCGUUGCUGCGGCUCCCACCUGAGCUGCGCCUAUUGAUCUACAACAACAUGGCUAGCGAUGCGGAACGCCGUCUACCUCUGGACAAGGUGUUCCUCUAUUACCACGAUAUAGAUCCCGCUAUCCUUCAGUGCUGUAAGCUCGUGCGUAGAGAAGCCCGCGCCCUUCUUCGAGACCUACGUCGGGACAUUCCCCCUACGCUCGUCCUCACCCUCGACCUCCCCAAGACCCCCAUGACCAUCGACACUCCCAACUCUCGCAGUCUGAGCGCAGUCGUCCGUAUGCUGCUCGGCGGCUACCACUACUGGCUGGAGCACUGGUCUUCGUCGUCCGCCAGCCACGUGCCCAUGGGCUUCUGCGACUUCUUCCGGCGCUUCGAGCAGCCCCUUGCGCUGAUGCAGAGCGAGAACUUCAUCAUCACAAACCAAAAGGAGCUCGAGGGCUACUACAGCCGAACACUGCGCCAGAUGCUACGGGCACGCAGCUUGACGAUAUUGCUCCGCCUGAGUACGAGCUGCACGCAGCCACUAAAACCGGAUGGCCUCGUCUAUCUGCUGCCGCUCGGGGGCACUUUUGGCCCGUACGACCCACGCAUCCUUUCCAUGGACGUCGUUCUCGUCGUCAACACACAGCGAACAUCCCUGUUCGAAAGCACAGUCCCUCUAUCUGCACAUGGGCCAAUUAGACCUCUCCUUCGUGUCGGGCCACCGGACGCGACGAAGGACAGUCAUGCCACGGAUACGGAUACGGAGUAA